GUUUGGGAGUCGUCGUGUCUUCAUCACCAUCAAAUACAGCAGCAAUUGAUUGACUUUGAAUCAGAACUUACUCACGACCGACCCCCUUAGCCACAAUGUCCUCAGACUCAGUCGUUUACCACUACCUCGCCAUUGGCAAGCUUGGCCGCGGAGAAGUUGUCAAGCUGUUCUUGAAGGAUGCCGGUAUUGGCUUUGAGGAGAAGCGUUAUAAAUACCCUGAUACCUGGCCAGAGACCCGCGAGAAGCUGAAGCAGCAGGGAAUCACCCGCACUGGAAGCCUUCCUUCUCUUGAGUACAAGGGCCUUAUUCUCACUCAGCACAUCCCAACUCUUCGUUUCCUCUCUCGUGAUCUGGGUAAGUAUGACGGCCAGACGAACGAAGACAAGUACUUGGUAGACGCCGUCGCCGACAUCUACGUCGACUGGAGAUCCCAAUGGGUUGCCAACCUCAAAGGAGCAACUGACGAGUACAAGAACGAAUAUCUCCCCAAGUACUACGAUCUCAUUGCCAAGUACUACUCUGACCGCGAGGGUCCUUACCUUCUCGGUGAUGAAGUCAGCUACACCGACUUUGCCAUCUAUCAGUCUAUUGACAAUGACACACGAACCAAGACCAUCCCUUCUAAAAUUCCCGAUGUCCUUCUCAAGUUCAAGGAAGUUUUUGAAGCUAGACCCAACAUUGCUGAGUACAUCAAGUCGGAGUAAGACAAGGUAUGCUGGGGAGCAAGAAGAAUCAGGACUUUUACUCUAGGUGAUAAAAAAUAUUCAGACAACUCGAGCCUAAGCUUGGGGGACCCUUAGCUGAGUUUAUUUUAGUUGCCUCUUCUCAAGUGUCAGGUUUUCUUGCUACCUGAUGUCACGGUUCCUCUGACCCAAUGCGUAUUUUUGGGGACAAUUAAACGAAGUUGACUGAUAGGAAUAUAACUCAAUUGGUGUCAAA